AUGGUGGAAGGACCAGGUUGUACUCUAAAUGGAGAGAAAAUUCGGACGCGAGUGCGCCCCGGCCAGGCGGUGACGGACGUGCGGGGAAGCGCCCUGCAGAGCUUGGGAGGCCAGGUCUUGCCUCACGCAGCCUCGCUGGCUGUGGUAUCUUCCCAGGCUGCUGCACUGAACAAUAACAAAGAUUCCAGCCCGAAUUCCUUGAGACUGUUUAAUGGAUACGUUUACAGCGGUGUCCAGACUUUGGGGAAGGAGCUCUUUAUGUACUUCGGGCCAAAAGCUUUACGGAUUCAUUUUGGAAUGAAAGGCUCCAUCAUGAUUAAUCCACUUCAGCAUAAAAAUAAAAAUGGAGUUUCUCCUGUUUUUGAAGUGCAGCUCAUCAAGGAUUUGAUUUGUUUCUUUGACUCAUCAGUAGAACUCAGAAACUCCACAGAAAGCCAACAGAGAGUAAGAAUGAUGGAAGAAUUAGAUGUAUGUUCCCCUAAAUUUAGUUUCUCAAGAGCAGAAAGUGAAGUUAAGAAGCAGAAAGGACGGAUGUUGUGUGAUGUGUUAAUGGACCAGAAAGUGUUGCCUGGGGUAGGGAACAUCAUCAAAAAUGAAGCUCUCUUUGACAGUGGCCUCCACCCAGCUGUUAAAGUUUGUCAGUUGACAGAUGAACAGACCCAUUACCUUGUGAAAAUGAUACGUGACUUCAGCAUUCUUUUUUACAGGUGCCAUAAAACGGGAUCUGUUAUCUCUAAACACUAUAAGGUUUAUAAGCGUCCUAACUGUUGUCAGUGCUGUUGCAAAAUAACAGUGUGUCGCUUAGGAGAGAAUAACAGAAUGACAUAUUUCUGUCCUCGCUGUCAAAAAGAAAAUCCUCAACUUGUUGACAUUUGCAAUUUGCCCGUGAGAAACACUACAAUCAGAUGGCCAUCUAGUAGCAGGGAGCACUUGGCUGGCAAAUGUGAAGAGCAAUGGACGUGUGUGGUCUGUACGCUGAUAAAUAGGCCGUCUUCGAAGACCUGUGAUGCUUGCCUGACUUCAAGGCCUACCGAUUCAGUAAUCAAGAAUGAAGAACAUUCUAUUGACUUUAACAGCUUAGUGAAGUAUCCGUGUAAUAGCUUUGGAAAACCAAGUACAGAAGUGAAGAUCAACAGGAAAACGGCAUUUGGAACUACAACGCUUGUCUUGGCCGAUUUCAGCAAUAAAUCCAGUGCUUUGGAAAGAAAAAGAAGCCAAAACCAGAUACUAGAUGGAGAAUUUCAAAACCCUCCUCUGACUGACGUUUGUUUUAGUGAUCCACUGCACCCUUCCGAGGAGAGGGCACACCAGACAACACAACCAUCUAACAAAGUAAACGUAUCGCCUACUGUCUGCUCUCGGUCUAAAUUAUUUAGCCCAGCAUAUAAAAAAUUGAAAACAACCCACACCUCAUCACCAGACCUCAAAAGUGGUAACCCUGGAUUUUCUAACAGUGAACUUGGAAUUAAUAUGACAGAUGGUACUCGUGCAUUAAAUGCUGACAGUCCUCGCUGCAGUAAACACAACCGCCUCUGCGUUCUCCAGGUUGUGCGGAAGGAUGGUGAAAACAAGGGCAGGCAGUUUUAUGUUUGUCCUCUACCUAGAGGAGCGCAGUGUGGAUUUUUCCAAUGGGCAGACUUGUCAUUCCCAUUCUGCAACCAUGGCAAACGCUCCAUCAUGAGAACGGUGUUGAAGAUUGGACCUAAUAACGGAAAGAAUUUUUUUGUGUGUCCUCUUGGGAAGGCAAAACAGUGCAAUUUUUUCCAGUGGGCAGAAAACAGACCAGGAAUGAAAAUUAUUCCAGGGUGCUAAUGUUUUCUCCUUCUGUAGAAUAUCUGGCAUUUAAUUUCUUCAAACCAUAUAUAAUGUUUAGUCUCCUUUUGUUUAAUUGUUUAAUCUUUAAUAGAAAAAUUGUAGAAUGUGGCACAUUUUAUAGUUCUUGCAAUAUUUGAGACCUGUUCUUUUUUUUUUUUUCUUAAUGUGUGCCAUCUUUCCAUUCUUUGGGUAUUUCUUUUACCUUGACAAAGACUGGGUGUUUCAUCAGAUGUACCAAAUAUUCUAUUUAUCAUGUAUAUAUAAUGCAUUUAGUAAUGACAAUAAAGUAUUUUUAGUGUGCUUUU